GUGGUGCUGGGGCAGAUUGAGGAGCACCGCCGCAGCCAGCAGCCCAUCAGUAUCCCCUUCUUUGAUGUCUUUCUGCGCAACCUGUGCCGAGGCUCCAGCAUGGAGGUGAAGGAGGACAAAUGUUGGGAGAAGCUGCAGGUCUCCUCCAACCCGCACCGUGCCAGCAAGCUGACGGACAGGAACCCCAAGACCUACUGGGAGUCAAACGGCAGCACCGGCUCCCACUACAUCACCAUUCACAUGCAGUGCGGGGUGGUGGUCAGGGAGAUGAGCAUGCUGGUGGCCAGUGAGGACUCGAGCUACAUGCCGGCCCGCGUGGUGGUGCUGGGAGGGGACAGCCCUGCCGACGUCCCCCUGGGCAGGACGUGCUGGGAGGCCCUGGUGACCCCCGUGGUGCAGAGCAUCACCAGCCCAGACCCCAGCGGCAUCAGCCCUCUGGCCUGGCUGCUGGGCGAGUACCUGGGGAGCGCAGAGCAGUCCCGCGGUGACACCUUCGGUUCCUGUGUGCGGCGCCUGACCCAGCUCCUGGUGCACGUGGACCCGGGCGGCGCGGAGGCGGAGGAGGCGGGAGCGGCCGGCGGGAAGGAGGGCAGGAACAAGGAGACGCCAGCCCGGGUGGCGGUGGCAGUGAAGUCUGGCGGCCUGUGGGACAUGGUGCGAUGCUGGCGUGGCGUGGUGCAGCAGCAGGUGCAGCGGUUCCUGGAGAUGUCAGGGCAGGCACCGGAUGUCGUGGAGCGGUACUGCGCGCUGUACCAGCGCCUGCGUGGUGCCACAGAGGAGCUCUUCGGGCAGCAGGCCGCCUUCGUGGCAGCCCUGGGCCAGGGCUUUGCCGGGGCUCUGCUGCAGCUCUCCUUCCUGACCGCCUUGCACGUGAGCGAGCAGUUCGCCCGCUACCUGGACGGGAAGGUGCAGGAGCUGCACGGGGCCGCGGGCAGCACAGCGCAGCUGCAGCAGAUCCUGGAGCCCUUCGUAAUCUUCGGUGGCCUGGAGUUCGCCCACACCUUCGAGCACUUCUAUCGGCUGUACCUGGGGGACCGGCUGCUGGCGCAGGGGCCCUCCUGGCUGGAAGGGGCCGUGGUGGAGCAGAUGGGGCCGUGCUUCCCCCGCCGCUUCCCCCAGGAGAUGCUGAGCGAUCUGGCAGAGUCAGAGGAGCUGCGGCGGCACUUCUGCCUCUUCCGACUGCAGGAGCGGGACCG